UCCAACUGCAUCACGAAGAAGCACAGCUGAAAGGACAGAGAAAGUUUUGGAGAAGUUUUCCACAAGCCCUGCAGGAAACUCGGCAGAUAUGAAGAAAAGGCCUCUCUGGGGGCCCAGGUGAACUCGCUCCGUGUUCCGUGCAGUUGGGUUUGUUACCUGCAACGAGGACAUCGUGUCAAAGUACUGUUUAAGUCAGCAGAAACUAUGCAUUCCCAAAUAAAGUACUUGGUGCGCCUGAAGCACUGCGCUCCUCCUCACAGCAAGCGGAUCAUCGAGAGGAAACUCUGGUCUUACUGCGCAGCAAAACAACAGCUAGAAGGAGGUUUUAGCGCGACUGGACCGCAUGCAGCUGCAAGAAAACAUGCUUUUGUCGGAACACAGCGCUGCAGGAACUAUGCAUCUGACUGCGCAUACAGCCGAGCUUUCGCUUUGGCAAGGGACCACCCGGAAACUUUCUGGGGUGAGAUGGCUCAGGAUAUCAACUGGUUUGAGCCGUGGAGCAAAACUCUGCAUGUAGAGGACCCGACGUUUCCAAACUGGUUUGUAGGGGGAAAGUUAAACAUGUGCUUCAACGCUGUGGAUCGUCAUGUUGAGAGUGGCCGCGGAGAGCAGCCAGCCAUCAUUUAUGACAGUCCAGUGACUGGAACUAAGAAGAUCAUCACCUUCAGAGAACUGCAGGGCCAGGUGUCCAGAUUAGCAGGAGUUCUUGUGAAAAAUGGGGUUCAGAAAGGAGACCUUGUUGUCAUUUACAUGCCCAUGGUGCCCCAGGCCAUGUUCACCAUGCUGGCCUGUGCACGGAUUGGUGCGCCACACAGCCUAAUCUUUGGUGGCUUUGCUUCCAAGGAGCUGUCAGUCCGCAUUGAUCAUGCCAAACCCAAGAUGUUGGUGACAGCCUCGUACGGCAUCGAGCCAGGCAGAAGAGUUGAGUACAUCCCGCUGGUGAAGAAGGCCUUGGAGAUGAGCUCUCACAGACCCUCUAAAGUCCUCAUGUACAGCAGGUCCAACAUGGAUAAAGUUUCACUCGAUCCAGAGCUGAGUCUGGACUGGGACCAGGAAAUGGCCGCUUCUCGUCCACACGACUGUGUUCCUUUACCCUCCAACCAUCCUUUGUAUGUUCUCUAUACAUCUGGGACCACAGGAACACCAAAGGGCGUUGUGAGAGACACUGCAGGGUACGCCGUUAUGCUGAAAUGGACCAUGUCAAAUAUUUAUGGACUCAGUCCCGGAGAUGUUUGGUGGGCUGCCUCUGAUUUGGGCUGGGUGGUCGGCCAUUCCUACAUCUGCUAUGCUCCUUUACUCCAUGGUAACAGCACCAUUUUAUAUGAGGGAAAGCCAGUUGGGACUCCAGAUCCUGGCGCGUUCUUCCGUGUUCUGUCGGAAUACGGAGCGUCCUCCAUGUUUACUGCACCCACCGCAAUCCGGGCCAUUCGGCAGCAGGACCCCAGCGCUGCAGUCGGGAGGAAAUACCCUUUGACCAGGUUGCAGACGUUAUUCGUGGCAGGAGAGCGAUGUGAUGUUGAGACACUGGAGUGGGCAAAGAAGAACUUUGGCGUUCCGGUUCUGGAUCACUGGUGGCAGACGGAAACUGGCUCAGCCAUCACAUCCUCCUGUAUCGGCCUGGGUAACUCGCUCACGCCACCUGCAGGCCAGGCUGGAAAACCAGUUCCAGGUUACAAUGUCACUGUGAUUGACGAUGACAUGCAGGAGUUGAAGCCAAAAACUCUGGGAAAUAUUGUGGUCAGACUGCCUCUACCACCUGGAGCUGCCCUGUGCCUGUGGCAAAACCACCGUCUCUUCAAGGAGCUCUACUUCUCCAAGUUUCCAGGUUACUAUGACACCAUGGAUGCUGGAUUUUUGGAUGAGGAGGGCUUCCUUUACAUCAUGUCCCGGUCUGAUGAUGUCAUCAACGUGGCGGGUCACAGGCUGUCUGCUGGAGCAUUAGAGGAAUCGGUGCUGCUGCACUCUGCAGUGGGGGACUGCGCUGUGGUGGGUCUGGAGGACUCUCUGAAGGGCCACGUUCCUUUGGCGCUGUGUGUACUUAAAAAAGAUGUGCAGAAAACUGAGGAAGAAAUCACAAAGGAGGUGGUGAAGCUGGUGAGAGACACCAUUGGACCUGUAGCCGCCUUCAGGAAUGUGCUCUUCGUCCACGGGUUACCGAAGACGCGUUCUGGAAAAAUCCCCCGCUCUUCUCUGGCCGACCUGGUCAACGGCAAACCCUACAAGAUUACGCCAACCAUUGAGGACCCAGAUGUGUUUAAAGACAUCGAGAGGCAAGUAGAAAAAGUCUGGAGACGACAUGCAGAUUGAAAACAUCGGCGGCUUGAGAACCACGUUACUCUGCAUGGUGUAGUUAAAGCAGCGUUUCUCAAUUCCAGUCCUCAGGCCCCCCUGCCCUACAUGUUUUAGGUGUUUCCCUUCUGUCACACACCUGGAUUGAAUCUAUGGGUGAUUAACAGGUUUCUGCAGCACUUGAUGUUCAUGCAAUGAUUAGAAUCAGCUGUUCUGGAAUAGAGAACCUGAGGACUGGAAUUGAGAAGCACUGGUAAGGCAUUAUGCUUGGUACUAUGCCCUUAAAUAUCUUCCCAUUUAACAAUUAAACAUGGAAGUUGGAUGUUCUGCAAUUUGUUGUUCUUACAUUAUGAACUCAACUGGGCAAGAAAGCUUUUAGAAUGAGUAAAAAUUUAAGCUCCAAGUUCAAAUACUUAAUACGUUAAAAUUUCAAAAAUGUGUUAUUAUUGCAUUUAUGUUGUCUGUGAACGAGUCUUUUCUGUGUGAAAACCUGCAGAAAAACCAUAUUUUUGAUUUUCAAGACUGUGCUAUUUUGUUUUUUUUUCUGAAUCCCUAAGAAAAGAUUAAAUUAGUCCUUGCUCCAUUUCUUUUCAGUGUAUGUACGUGAACAUUUUGUUGAAUCUGUUUGCAAAAGGAAAAAAUAGAAUCUUUAUCCUUCGGACUAAAAUAAAAAAUAUUGGUAAACUUUUA